AUGGCGCCCUCUCUCGAAGAGCCCGAGCCUGUCCAAGACGUCCAAGACGUCCUCGACAACCCCCUCAAAUCGCGCCCCCAGCUCGUCGCCCCCGAACCCGAGCACUGUCCCGGUCCCGAGUCCGAAAAGGCCGGCACAGCAGACUCGUGCGCCGGCUGUCCCAACCAAGCGAUCUGCGCAUCAGCACCCAAGGGGCCAGAUCCCGACAUACCGCUGAUCUCGGCGCGCCUCUCCGGCGUGCGCCACAAGAUCCUCGUGCUGUCGGGCAAGGGCGGCGUCGGCAAGAGCACGUUCACGAGCCUGCUGGCGCACGCCUUCGCGACGAACGAGGACCAGACGGUGGGCAUCAUGGACACGGACAUCUGUGGGCCCAGCAUCCCCAAGAUGAUGGGCGUCGAGGCCGAGACCAUCCACAUCAGCAGCACGGGCUGGUCGCCCGUCUGGGUCGCCGACAACCUGGGCGUCAUGAGCAUACAGUUCAUGCUGCCGAACCGCGACGACGCCGUCAUCUGGCGCGGGCCCAAGAAGAACGGCCUCAUCAAGCAGUUCCUCAAGGAGGUCGAGUGGGGCAACAUGGACUUCCUGCUGGUCGACACCCCGCCGGGCACGAGCGACGAGCAUCUGAGUGUCAACAGUUUCCUGAAGGAGAGUGGGAUAGACGGUGCCAUCAUGUUGACGACGCCGCAGGAAGUAGCCCUGCUGGACGUACGGAAAGAAAUCGACUUUUGCAGAAAAGCUGGCAUACGGGUGCUGGGUUUAGUGGAAAACAUGAGCGGAUUCGUGUGCCCGAACUGCACACACGAGAGCCAGAUCUUCAAAGCAACGACGGGCGGUGGCGCUGCCUUGGCGAAAGAGAUGGGAAUCCCCUUUCUAGGAGAGGUACCGCUGGACCCGAGGAUAGGGAUGGCUUGCGACUACGGGGAGAGUUUCUUUGACCAUUACCCGGAGAGUCCGGCGUGUAAAGCCCUCAGGGGCGUCGUAAGGGGGCUGGCGAGCGAGAUUGGUAUUGAUCCCCAGCUGGUCAUGCCUGACGACUGA